AUGAAACUUCUUUCUGCAACUCCUGGAAAAAUUGUUUGUGAAAUGAAAGUAGAGGAGGAGCAUACAAACAGAGGUGGCACAUUGCAUGGAGGUUUGACAGCCACACUUGUGGAUGUGGUGUCAACAGCAGCAUUGCUGUACACAGAAAGAGCAGCACCUGGGGUCAGCGUGGACAUGAACAUCACAUACACUUCUGCGGCUAAGAUUGGAGAAGAGAUACUGAUUACAGCUCAGAUUUUGAAGCAAGGAAAAACUCUGGCAUUUGCCACCGUGGAUUUAACAAAUAAGGCUACAGGAAAGUUGAUUGCACAAGGUAGACAUACAAAGUUCCUAGGAAAUUAAUGCAAGAAAGUAAUUUAAAUAAUAAUGUUGGACUUAAGAAUCAUAGAUAGAAUUAUUUUCUCAUGUAAUAGCAUCUGCACAAAGUUGUGCUAGUCUAUGUAAAGUGAAUUUGUCUCACUUCCAUAAUAAAUGAACAAAUUUCCUUAAUUACCACCAGAGUUGCUAUAAGCCUAAAAUUAGUGUCUACUUUGGGAUGAACAACAGAAUAAUAGCAUAGGGAUACGUCUGGCUUUUUUUGGUCAAGAUAGCAGAAGGGAAGAGGCUUUGGACAAGCUAUCUGGUUUACCAGCAUAACAGUGUUACAAGAGAUCUGUUUUCUUUCCCUGUGGUGUCAUCUGACAAAGCAACCCUGUCUUCAGGCCACUCACAGUCACAACUCA